AUGCACGGUAUCAAAAGGAACCACCUCAUUUUUAGAGGUCCUAAUCCUUUUGAGGACCCCUCUGAGGUGAUCAUCGGCGACCCCAAGGAGGCCAAGUUCGGUACCACCAGCGAGCAGCUCUUUGAGGGCUACCGCCGGUGCAAGGAGCUGGGCGUGAAGCGCUUUGGCCUCCACGCCAUGGUGGUGUCCAACUGCCUGAAAGCGGACGAGUUGUUGGAGACGGCUCGGAUGCUUUUUGGCCUGGCGGUGGAGAUUUACGAGUGUCUGGGUAUCCAGAUCGAGCUGGUGAACCUGGGGGGCGGCUUCGGCAUCCCCUACCGCCCGGAGGAGACCACGGUGGACGUGGCCGCCGUGGGCGCCGGGAUCCACCGGGUCUACAAGGAGCUGAUCGAGGCGAAGGGCCUGAAGCUGCGGGUGGUCACGGAGUGCGGGCGAUACAUCACCGGGCCUUCAGGGAUGCUCUUUAGCCGCGUGGUGCACCAGAAGAAGAUCUACAAGAACUACGUCGGGCUUGAUGCCUGCAUGGCGAACCUCAUGCGUCCUGGGAUGUACAACGCCUACCACCACAUCACCAUCAUCCCCAACAAUGAGCCGGUGCCUGGGCUGCCGGACCGCCGGGUGAAGCGGAUCGACAACUCCAAGGACCUCAUUGUGAAGCAGGGGGUCUACGACGUGGUGGGAGGCCUCUGCGAGAACAACGACAAGUUCGCGGUGGACCGGGCCCUCAACGUGGACCCCACCCCCGGGGACGUGGCGGUGAUCCACGACGCCGGCGCCCACGGCCACUCCAUGGGCGGCUUGGCCGGGCUUCGGCGGGUUUGGCGAGGUGGGCCUGGCCCUUUUAAAACGGAGCUUGGUCCGUUUUGGUGUGUUCUUUUAUUAUACAUAUAUAUAUUGUGA